AUGUCUGAAGAUUACGUUCGACAUUUUGGUAUAUUACAAGGACAAAAUAAAACAUAUAUCCAAAUCAAUAGUAUGCUUCAGACUGAAGGUAAAAGUCUUGCUGAUUUUCCACAAAUGGAACAAUUAAAUGAAUAUGAAGAAGAAGAGGAUUAUAUGACAUUUGAAAAAAUUAUGGAAGUAGACGAAAUUAAUAAAAGAGUUGUAGAACUAUUAGGUGUAACUGGUGAACGAAUUUAUACAAGUAUAGACUGUACUGUAAAUGGUGACAAUGAUGACAUUGGUGAAGCUUUGUUACCAGAAUAUUUAAAUAGUUUAUCUCCACCAUCUCUUCCUCCUCAUGAAUUACGUUUGAAACCAAAUUGUAUCAUUAUGUUGAUUAGAAAUCUUAGUAUCAAUGAAGGUCUUUGUAAUGGCACUAGAUUAAUGGUUAUAGAGCUUGCAGACCAUUUAUUAAAUGCGUUAUCGUCGGCGACGUACCCAUACUACGCGGCGGCGGCAGCUGCCGCCGCGGCGGCGGCGGGCGUCGCGGGUGUCGGAGGCGUCGGUGGCGUCGGCAGUGCUGGACAACUAGGAUACUGGUAUCCACCCCAAUCUUAUCCUACGACAGCGACACAAAUGCAAGCCGGUGGCUUUCUUCAGGGCAUGCAAGGAUACACCUACGGCCAGUUCGCCGGAUAUCAACAGGCGCAAUAUAUGGGAAUGGGCAUGGGUGCUGUCCACGCUGCUGGCACAGCAGCAGGAUGGGGUCAGGGAUUACCUGGGGGACCACAGUUACCACCACACCACGCCACGACGGUCACGGCACCCCCAGGGGUGCAAGCCGCACCCCCGCCACCACCGCCUCCGGCACAAAUGAUGGCCUACCCGAUGCAACAGUUCCAGGUGGAACGAGCGAGGGGAGAGAGGGGGAACGAAGAUCUCGAGUGGCAAGAGGGACCCAAUAGCAGACUGUAAUACGAAUUAUGCAAUAAGAAUCUGUUACCGCGUGCGUUUGCAUCUGUCAAUCAAAUUCUGUACAGUAACGUAUACUGGGAAGCGUUUAAUCGACAAGAGGAAUUAAUUGGAUCUGACACACUCUACUUUUACGUUCCUUGCGUAAAUCACUUCUUACGUCAAUCACUCCCCUUAUCGAAUUGCUCGCUAUGCACUCCGACUCGAUUCCACCUUCGACAGAGAGAAAAAAAAAGUGAGGGAUCCUGCACUCUUUUAAAGAAUCAGCGUGGACGCCCGAUCCUGUAAAAAGUAUUUGAAGAAAGGCGCCUUAACAUUAAGGCGUGUAUAUUGACUUAAUGUAGACCCGUGAGUUGUCUAGAACAUAUACCGAGUGGAGCUAGCCGAUCGAGCGAGUCCUCAUCGCGUUAAAACGGGAAACCAAAAUGUAGCAUAAAAUGAUAGAUAGAUAAUUAUUAAUGUAAUCUGACUUAGUAGGCAAACAAAAAUAGGGGCAGUGGAAUCGCGGACGGAAACGACGGACGGCGGGGAAGUGUGAAGCGGGGCGAUAAAUUGUAAAAAAAAAAAAAAAGGAGACAAACUCGAGACGAAGGCCACAGCGCAAACCUAGCAAGAGAUUCACUUAUGGUACCUAAAAUCACGGACCCAUCCAGAAAAAAAGACACGCGCGCGCGUACACGAGAUGUAAAAUACAUAUACGCGUAUGUAAAUACACACGACACUAAGUACACAAGAUGCACACGGCAUACGUGUAGAACUGUAGCGAUGAGAAACUUAACAAAAACCCUAGACGUAGUCUAGUCUAGCUUGUCGAUCACUAGGUUAACGAGAAAAAGCGUUCAUGAGAAAUAGUGCAAUAAUUAAUAUCCGCAAAUUAUACUCAGAAUCCUUAUACACAGCACAAACGGCAAGACACGUGUAUAUGCAAACAAACCGAAAACAUAAAGAUACAUGUAUACAUGUACACAUACAUAAAUACAUACAGAACACGCGUGCUGCGGCUGCUGCCUCCAUCCUUUGCCCGCGUCCUUAAGUCGCAGUUCUGAGAUUCUACAUAUAACCCGGCGACGUAUAUCAGACAGUGUAAAUUCACCCCAUUUCGAAAUUUUUACCGUCGCGUCGUUUAAGGUCUAACAAGCGACCGCUCUCCUGACUAUUCGAGACUUUUAUCGAGAAUUUCUCAUUACAUUCUCCAGUUGCAACAAAAUUCGAAAUGCAUCCCUCUUUUUUCUUCACUUCUCGAUUUCACUCGCGCGUUCAAACGUGUGAUAUAUUUUCUCUCCCUUAUAAAUCUUUAUAUCUAUGCAAAUUUCAAUCUUUUUGUUCAUGCGCUCCCUCCUUUUAUGCUCUCUUAUUUGUUUCCUUGACUGAUGUCCUGAUGCCACCGCACACGUUCCUCCGCCCGGAUAGACUUAUCUCGCGGAGACUUACCAAACGAUAGUCGACAAUCAUUGAAGAAACAUACAUUUAGAAACUUGUACGUGUUCUUUUCAUUGAGGGCUAUAUAGGUAUUAAUUAUCGUUACCGACAUGUUUGCACAAGUCUCGUGCAGGCAAUGGACAGAGGAGGUGGUGUCGGUCCUGGAGAAAGUAAGAGAGCAAGGUGUAUCGAUUAACUAUCCUAUCGUGUUCGCAAUGCUUUUGCCUCUCGCAAAGUGUACUACAAAACGCGAUUUUGAUAUCGAUCGACACGUAGGCAUCGCGAAUGCACACACGAAACAUAUCAUCGAGCUAAUCAACUGAUCCCACCACUCCUAAUUAGGGACUGCAGUAAGGGACAUGGAAUGCAAUUAAUCAAUUGGUGCUUCAAGUUACUUAAACUGUGUGCUUGCGAAAACGUUUCUUCUCUUUUCGCGAUGAUAUAGAACCGUGACGCUUAAAAAUUUCAACAAAACAGUUUUCACCGACGAAUCGAAAUGUCGCAAAAUUUAUUGCACGUUGCAUUUAUUUUGUUCAUUUCGAAUCGCACACGUAGCGAUAUGACAAUCUUCUAAUAAUUUAUUUCGAUGUUAUUCGAAUGUGAUAUCAGGAAUAGUAUAUUGUAUUUAUGAGUUGUAGACUUAAAUUUUAAGAGACGUCGCUUUAAAUUUUAUUCACGAGUCUUAACUUUCGCACUUACGAAAAACUUUGUGAACGAUAAAUUAUUAAAGACAAAAGACAGCGAGUUAUCCGAAUUCUUUGCGUGUUGACUAUCGAUAUGGGCAUAUCAAAUCUAUAGUUUUUAUCCAAUAAUCUUAUUAAUCAUUAACUGAAACGGAACUAAUUUCAAAUUCUUCUCAACUAUUGAGUGUCCUUUAUCGGAAGAGACGAAAAUUUUAGAUCGUGAAUCGCUAAACUAAACACGGGUAUAUUUUUCCUUCUAACGCGAAGUGCAUUUAAACUAAACUAUUUAUUUUAAGAUGCCCCUCGAGAGUCUAAUAUAAUUCUUAGCGGGACGAGGGCAGCAGUCGGGCCAAAUUGGGAUACUUACCGAUGCAAAGCACCGUGGAAACAGCUUAGUGUUAGUGCAAGAAUGUUUAAGAGAAAAAGCACACAGUGAAAGAAAACAAAAGUAGGAGCCGUAAGCGUAGAUACCGAGCAUAACAUAAAGUAAUGUAUGUAUAUAAUCAUAUAUAUUAUACAAGAAAGACUACAAACAGACACGCGCAUCUAUAUAUAAUAAAAAAAAAAAUAUGUAUAUUAUAUAUACAUAUGCAUAUAUGUGUAAGAAGAUAAUAUUAGCCAACAGAUAGAAGCUAUAUCGAAUAUAAGCUUAACGAAGAGAGAGAAAGAGAGAGAGAGAAAGGGAGCGAACGAAUGCGGGGCAUCUAUAAAUGCGCGCGCCCCGCGACAUACUGUGUUAAAUACCUUUAGUUGUAAGAAAUAAGAACACAUUAAAGCGUAAUUGUAAAAGAAAAUAGAUGUUGUGGCUAGCCUGCUGGACCCCCGUGCCCCUAAAUAUAGGCACGUCUAAUGUAUGGAGCGAUAACGAGAGAAACAGAGUGAGAAAGAGAGGAUGCAUGUGCAUGAAAGAAAGCGUGUGUAAGAUUAACAGGGCGAAAGAAAAGAUUAACAGGGCGAGCAUGCGAAAAGAGGAAGAGAAACGAAGAAUAUACAGAGCAUGAGAGAAAGAUAGAGUGAUAGUGAGAGAGAAAGCGAGAGAAGAAAACGAGAUCUUAUUAGUACGCCUCAGCGAAAGAAAGCGUUAAGAGAUAAAAAUUAAAAAAAAAAAAAAUGAAGUACGAUAAUUAUGAUCGCGUCCGAUUCAUACAGAGAUUACGACGUUCCUUCAUUUUUCUCGUAGCUUUUCGUACAAUAUUUGAGGAAGUACAUAUGCGUUGCGGAGCCUGUAGAUGCGCCCCUUCUUCCUAUCUCGGUGCGACACGCGGCAUAUCACUUACGAUCGUAUGCUAAGAAGUUAGGUGCCUUUAUCCACUUCUUUGUGCGUAUGCAUUUCGAUAAAGAGAAGAUCAACGAGUAAGCGAAAAACCGGGAGAACGCGCGAACAAUCGGGAAAAGUUACAUACAUCACAUACAUCGGUAAAAAACAUGCAUUGUAUAUCACAAGAACUGCAUAGCGAAAACUCGAGGGAAGAGGCAUCCCGGUACGACAUCCAUCCAUCGUGCAUACUAUCGUUCGAUAUUAUGCACAUAUUACGGAAACGGUUCUCCGAAAUGUAGGUUCGACGAAAGCGCAAGCGUCAUAAUCACGAAAGAGCGACGAAGGGUGGAAAAGGGGUGCGAGCAAGCGCUCGCGACUUAAGUAAGAUUCUUCCGCGAUUAAACGUAUGGCCCGCGGGGUCCUAUGGCAGCCUCGUUGCAUAUUUAAGUUAAGGAGCUGGGAAACGCAGCUCAAAAGCGACACGCCGAGCGAAAGCUGUAUAAUGUACAUGUAAUUUGCAACGACGCGCGCAGCGGCGCACGCAUAAGCACAACAAUACAUAAACUAUUACAUACGUACACAUACAUACUAACGCAACACACAUACACAUACGCAUGUAACGAGAGAGAGAGAGAGAGAACGUGUACUACGCGCGCGGACAGUAGAGACAGACGUGUGUACACAGACACAGCGGAAUGUGUACACUUGCAGAAACAAUUUUCACACGAUACACACGCAACACUACCGCGAGACGCCCUAGGACGUGCGUAAGAAAAAAAAAAGGAACGUGUAUGAUAUUAUAUAUACA